AUGUCAAGUGCAGGAAGAAGAAGAAUCCCAAAGAAGAAGCAGAGCAAAGAGCCCGUUUUGGUAACACAGGAGGAUUUCUACUUGGAAGCUACAAACCUGGAAGAACAGGCAGAAAGAUGGAUAUUAUCAGACAUCAAGAAAACGUUAAGAUUCUAUAUACAGGCUUCAGAACUGUAUACUAAAGCCUUGCACUGCACCAAUGAGGCAUCUCAAGCGAAUCGAUACAACAUAUUGUACAACCAGGUUAGAUUGUAUCUGGUGGUCUAUACAGAAUAUGUUGCAGCUAAUGGAUACAUUAACAUCCUGAACUACAUUAACAAUCUCGAAGAAUUGGUUGGGCUGGAUCAGAUCAUAUUUACCCUUCCUGAAAUAACACAGAAGUUUGAGUCAGUGUUACAGGAAUGUACAAGCGAUAAUAGCGUUUGGGAUCUAAAGUUUAACCUAUUAACAUGUUAUCUGUUACUUAUUGAAGGUAUAAAUGGUGUAAACCCUGGUAUAGGUUGGGAACUUGAUGGAGCACAGGUAUUGACUUUAUUCCAAGAAAAAUUCUAUCCAUGUUUUCGUGAGUUAGUGGAUGAUAUUAUCACUAGUUUAAAAGAGUGGUCAGAGAUUCAACAGAGUACUGAUGCUGAAUUGAACAAUGGUCUAGACGAGAAAGGUUUUCAAAAUGAUACCUUGCAGGACCAACAAGCUUCAAAUGAUGGCACCGGGGUAAAGCAUAUGCAAGACAGUGAUCAACAAGAGACUAGUUUAAUGGAAGUGUCUGACCAGAUUACACCUGAUACACUUAUUGAAACCUAUACUAUAGCAUACAAAUUGAUUGAAGCAAUCACUGCAUUAAUUGUGGAGAGCAAGUACAAUGGAAAGAAUGCUCUUUUCAAUGACUCCCAAAUAUUUUUCUUUGUGGAUGCACUCAAGAGAUUUCAAGCACAACUGGAAGAGCCUCUACUGGAUGGUCAAGACCAGCAAAUUGUUGAUUCUCUCGAUAUUAACUUGAGCAAGUUUUCCAUAUACGGUCAGUUUAUGUUGCUGGAAGGCAACACCCAGAAAGAGUCGCUGACGAAAUAUCUGGAAGAAUUUGAAUUACCGUUUGGUCAAUACAAUGAUCAAGAGAUUGAUAUAAAAAUACUUUCUGUGAAGGCAGACUUAAUUGAGACUAUAUUAUCUACUCUUGAUGAUGGCCAACAAAUUACACCAGCCAAUGUUGAAGAACAAUGGUUUUUCUCAUCGAUGUUGAGUAAGAUAUACCAGACUAUCAGCAAACAACUAAAUGAAAGAAGAGGUGAUGUAAUUUCUGGCAAAAUAAGAGGGCUCAGCGACCAAUUGAGCAAUAUAGUGUUCCGUCAAUGCGAUAUUAUCAUCAAUGCCUCAGAUAACGAUCUUCUGCGCGCAUUCCUAAUGAGUAUUCGUAAUCCUUCAGAGACAAGAACCAUUGAGAUAUUACAGAAGAACGCUAGGACUUUCCUGACUAAUGCCAUGAAGAUUGCUGAGAGACCCUGUGGUUUAGAGGAAUGCAUCGUAGAUAAAUUGAAGAGGAACUAUAUAUUCAACCAAGCCAAGAAUCGCCUGGCAAUCCUCAACAAUGAAUUAGCAAGAGAUCAACUACAUCAAUCGCCAGACAUGCUGGCCCAGAUAAGUGACCACCCAUACUACAUGCGCUUGCUCUCACUGUGA